AUGCUUGUGACGCGCAAACUGAAGUAUGACACCCCAUGUCUUCGCAUGGGCGGGGUCGACGUUGUCUUAUCGAGCGAAAUCAAGCUGCUGGGGGUCGUCAUAGACCAUAAACUAACCUUCAACGCCCACGUCGCGAACGUCUGCAAACGCGCGGUCGCCUUCUACCACCAGCUGGCCCGAGCGGCUAGGGCCAGCUGGGGUCUCCAUCCUGAAGUGAUCCGCACUAUUUACAGAGCGGUGGUCGAACCUGUGAUCUUGUAUGCGGCCGCCGUCUGGUCGCCGGCCGUGUCUAAGCUCGGUAUACGCAAACAGCUGAACGUGGUCCAACGGGGCUUCGCACAGAAGCUUUGCAGGGCAUACCGAACCACCUCCCUGAACUCCGCACUGUUGCUCGCUGGAAUACUCCCCCUCGACCUCCGCGUUCGCGAAGCGGCGACUUUAUAUGAGGCGCGGAGGGGGGUGCCCCAGCGGGUGAUAGGGGAUCGGGAGGUGGAGCGGAUGUCCUCGGCUCUGCGGUCUCCGCAUCCCGCCUGUCAUGUCGACCUCGAGUUCAAGUGCCUGGUCGACCGAGAACAGUUCAUUGCAAAUAGCGAACACGAAGUUAACAUCUUUACGGACGGCAGCAAGAUUGAGGGCAAGGUGGGGGCAGCCCUGUCCGUAUGGACUGGCGCCGCCGAAGCUAGAACCCUCAAGCUUGCUUUGCCGUCCUAUUGCACGGUGUACCAGGCGGAACUCUUGGCGAUAUGCCGGGCGGCGCGGAUGGCCGCAGACAACUUGGCCGGAUCAGUCGGUAUAUACUCUGACUCCCUGUCGGCACUGCUCACACUCAAGAAUCCAAAAGCCCUCCAUCCCCUGGCCGUAGAGGCGAGGGAACACCUGCGAAGGGCUCUGCUCCAGGACAAACAUAUAGAAUUGUUCUGGAUCAAAGCCCACGCAGGGCUAGAGGGGAACGAGCGUGCCGACCAUCUGGCCAAGGAGGCUGCGCUGAAGUCCAAACGCGCGUUUGACUACGACAGCUGCCCGGUUUCGUUCAUCAAGCGGAGCAUUCGCAUGCAGUCGCUUGAUGAAUGGAACCAGCGGUAUCGGGCCGGCGAAACGGCUGGCGUCACCAGGGUCUUCUUCCCUGACGCGACGGCCGCACACAGGAUCAUAGGUAAAAUAAAGGUGGACAGGUUUCACUCAGGUGUUGACGGGGCACGGCGGAUUCUCCAAGUACUUGUACCGCUUCAAGUGCAAGGAGAGUCCAUCGUGCGUCUGCGACCCUGA